AUGGAACGGCCGGCGGCGCUGUUCGAUCACCGGUGCCUCCGCCUGCUACCGCACUGCACCUCUCCGGCGACCGCCAAGCAAGCCCAUUGCCAGAUGGUCACCACGGGCCUCGCCCUCCACAGCUACCCCCUCAGCCGCCUCCUCCCCCUCCUUGCCACCAUCAUCGGGCCUUGCUACGCCCUCUCCGUUCUCCGCCGCGCCGCCCGCCACACCACCUUCCUCUACAACGUCCUCAUCUCCGCCUUCGCCUCCGCCGCCCCGCUCCGCGCGUGGUCCCUCUACGCCGAGCUCGCCGCCCACCGCUCCCUACGCCCCAACUCCCACAGCUUCCCUUCCCUCCUCCGCCUCUGCGGCCCCCAACUGGGCCUCCCCCUCCAUGCCCAGAUCGUCAAGUUCCUCGGAGACUCGCCGGACCCCUACGUGGAGGCCGCUCUGGUCAGCUUCUACUGCAGGUGCCGCCGGGUCGACCUUGCCCGCCGCCUGUUCGACAGAAUUCCCCGCCCGGACCUCACCACCUGGAACGCCAUCCUUUCAGCCUACGGCGGGGGGUGGAAGGAAGAGGAUGACGAUCUUGUCUCCUCUGAGGAGGUCUUCGCUCUCUUCCACCGGAUGCAACUUUCUCUCACUAGACCCAAUGAGAUCACGAUGGUCUCCCUCAUCUCCGCCUGCGCCUCCCUCGGCGCGCUCGCCCACGGGAUGUGGCUCCACACAUACUUGAGCAGAGCCAGAGAACUCCACCUUAACCACGUCGUAGCCACCGCUCUGAUCGCCAUGUAUGGGAGAUGCGGGCAGCUGGCCAUGGCCGAGCAGGUGUUCGAUAGAAUGCCUCUAAGGGACGCGCCCUCCUACAACGUGAUGAUCCAGGCGCUCGCCGUCCACGGCGAUGCCCCCCGUGCACUGCGUCUGUUCCACGGCAUGGCCGCCGCCGGCGUGUCGCCGGACGGGGUGACCUUCCUGGCCGCGAUGACAGCGUGUGCCCACGCCGGGCUUGUCGACGAGGGCCGCCGUUGCUUCGUCGCGGCGGCGGCGGCGGAGGAGGCCGCCGUCGAGCACUACGGCUGCCUGGUGGACCUGCUCGGCAGGGCGGGGCUGGUGGAGGAGGCGGCGGAGGCCGUGAGGAAGAUGCCCGUGAGGCCGAACGCCGCCGUGUACCGGGCCCUGCUGGCCGCGUGCGGUACCUACGACGAUCUCCCCGCCGGCGAAGCCGCGGCGACGCCGCUGCUGCGACUGGAGCCCCGCCACGGGGGGAACUACGUGCUCCUGGCGAACCUCUACGCGAGCAGAGAGAGGUGGGGGGAUGUGGGCAGGGUGAGGAAGGCGAUGGAGGAGGAGGGCGUGAAGAAGGACCCCGGCCGGAGCUACGUGGAGAUCGACGGGGAAGUCAACGAGUUCGCGAGGGGGGAUAGGUGGCAUCCGAUGUGGAGGGAGAUCCGGGCAGUCGGGGAGGGGAUUAGGAAGAUCUCGGAGGAGGAAGCGGUGACGUGA